UCAACGAACGAUGCGACGAAUAUUACAAUUGUUGGUUGAACAAGUUUUCAGUCGCUGUCUUAUAAAUUUAAGCACUUUUAUUGCUGCUUUGAUUAACAGUAUUCGCUGAACACUCAACCCAUUCACAUCUGCACAUCGUACGCAGAGUUCUAGUGGAAUCGUUAACAUAGAAUUUAUAGAUUUCGGUAGUGGUAAAAUACAUUUAAUUGUAUUGAUUUGCGUUAUUAGUUUGAAUCUGAGCCUCGAAACAUGUCGUUCUUUGAAAUUUUAAUAAAAUUUGUGGUGAUUUGGACACUAAGUGUUUUAUUUAGCAUCAUAGCAAGUGUUCGGCUAAUUCUAUUUUAUAUAACACAUUGUGCAUCGAUGCCCUGGAACACAAAAGAUAGAAUUCUUAUGCUACCACCGGCUUGCCUUACAUAUCCCGAAUAUGGUUCACACAAAUAUGUCACAAUUGAUAAAAUUCGUCUGCAUUAUGUUGAGUCUGGUGAUAAAAGUAAGCCAUUGAUGGUAUUUGUUCAUGGGCAAUUUGAUUUUUGGUAUUCGUUUCGAUCCCAAAUCACUGAAUUCAACAAGGAUUAUUGGGUGAUUGCAAUGGAUCUUCGUGGUUUUAACCUUUCGGAUAAACCGAGUGCAACGAGUAGCUAUAAAAUCGAACAUUUAAUCGACGAUUUGAAAGUUUUUAUACAACGAUUGAAUCGCAAGAACUGCAUACUCGUUUGUCAUGAUUGGGGUGCAUUCAUUGGAUGGGAUUUUGUGGCCCAAAAUAAUGAUAUGGUAUUAAAAUACGUCAUGUUGAGUAUGCCAGCGCGAAGAAUUUAUUAUAAUUUGUCGCUCACGAUUUGGGAUCAACUCAAGCGAUCUUGGUAUUUUUUCGUCUCUAAAAUGCCAUAUUUACCAGAAAAACUAUUAUCUACUGCCGAUUACGACGUCUUUUUCGAAAUGCGGAAUAGAAAAUUUUCGGAAAACUUCAAUGAAGACGAUUUGGAGUUAUAUAAAUACGUGUUUUCGAAAAAAUAUGCUUCAACUGCAGCAAUCAAUCACUAUCGCGCAAACUCAUCUUUUGUUUCUAAAAAAGAAGAACGCCAUGACGAUGGUUCAAAGGGAAUGUUCAUUUUAGGACAACGAGAUCCGUACAUAUCACAUGCAGCUAUCAUUAUGAUGGCAAACAAAUAUCAAAAGUUACGAGUUGAAGUUAUUCCGGAUGCCAAUCAUUUCGUUCACCAAGAUGCAUCCAAUGCAACGAAUAAAUUGAUACGAGAUUUUCUGGGACCUGCUUCGAACUAUGAAGUGGAAACAGUUCUUGUUUAACAUUUUACUAUUUAAUCGUGUGGGCUACGACUGAAAUUGGUGAACUAUUGGAAUAAUUUUUUGAUUUUUUUUUCAUAUGGAACGGUGAAAUUACUAUCAAUACAUUAACAUUUUAACAUAUUUUCAUUUAUAAAAGCUCUUAAUACGAUGCAUGUUUUCAGGUUUUUUUUUAAUAAAAUUAAGCCGUGCAGUUGCAUCAUUUUUUUUUAUUUUACGACUCUUAUAGGGAAAUAUAACAAUUCGGAACACAUCAACACUAAGUACUGAAGCUGCAUUUGGUGAGUGUUUGAAGCGCUGCCACAUUCACUAUAUUUUGUACUGUCCAUAAACAAUUUUUUUUCUCUCAAAUACUAAGCAGGCCAAUUGAUUUUGUCUUUAAAGUAUAGCUAUGUACAACCAGUUGAAAAUAUAUGAUUGUUGCUUUUUAACUUUAAAAA